UGGACUAGCGGCAAGACCUUCACUGUUGGUGACAGCCUCAUGUUCAAUUAUGGAAGUGGGCACACCGUAGAUGAAGUGAGUGGAAGCGACUACAAGUCUUGCACAGUAGGCAAUGCGAUCAACACAGACAGUAGUGGGUCCACCAGCAUUCCUCUCAAGGCCACCGGGACUCGUUACUUCAUAUGUGGUGUAGUUGGUCACUGUGGCAGUGGCAUGAAGCUAUCUGUCACCGUCACUGCCGCCUCCACCACUGCACCCUCGGGAUCUCCGCCUUCCACCACCACCCCUUCUCCAACAACUACCACUCCGUCAACGCCAACCACCACUCCGUCAACGCCAACCACCACUCCGUCAACAACAACCACCACUACAACACCAUCGCGCUCGGCUUCGUCUUCAUCGGGAACUCUUCUCCCUCCUUCUGUAGCUGUGGUGAUGGUUACUUUGGUUUCAUUGUCUAGGUUUAUUCUUUCGUAAUUUUGGCAAGGGUGGGUUGUUGCUCGAGCCAGGAUAGGGGCAGUGCUCUCUCUCUCUCUCUCUCUCUCUCUUCACGUUUCUCUUUUUCUCUCUGUUUUCGGUUGUAUUGAGAUUUUAGUGCUGUUAUGAUUUUUUUUGAGCUGGA